AUGCAGUUCAAGUUCAUCAUCAUCCUCUCUGCGGUCCUUUCGGUCACCGCUGCUCCUGAGCCCAUCGAGGUCGAAGGGCGCCAGCUCCUGAGCGAGAUCGAAAGCGUUCUCGCGAGCGUGACUUCUCCCCUUGCCAUAGCCUCCUCGAUCGUGUCAUCCGCUACAGCUGCCAUCGCGACUCAAGACGUCACCCUCACGGACGGCUUGUCGGCUACGUCGACAUCCCAGUCUUCGACGGACUCCGCGUCCUCAUCCUCGUCCGCGACGACGUCCGACUCCAGCGCGGCCUCCUCGAGUGCUAUUGCAAGCGCGAUGUCGGACAGCAAGGCCAUGUCUCUGUCGUCCGUCGUAUCCGUCGCGUCUACCAGUCUCGCUGCCCUUACGACUGGUGGCACGACAGACUCCGCCUUCGCGAGCGCCACGAGCGUGCUUGCUAGCAUCGUGUCAUCGGCCGGCGCUGCCGCGACUAGCACUGGCAAUGCUGAUGCGCCGACGGCAUUCGUCAACGGGAAGGUCCAGUAUGUCGUAGCUGGUCUCGGUGCGGCGGCUGGGCUGCUUCUCUAG